GGACUGCCCUCCUAUGGACAGCGGCCAGCUGAAAGGGGCGGCCGCGGAGAGACCCGCCUCCUUGCCCGCCCCAGGAACAGGAAGGCGAGAAGCGGCGCCGGGACCCUUCGCUCUUCCUUUGCGGCGGAGGCGCCACCAGCAUCAGAGCUCGCCGAGGAGUUCUGUGUUCGCUGGGCCGCCCCUGCCCAGAAGCCGGGACAGCUGGAGCCCGCGGCGGGCGCCAACAAGGAGGUAGCCUCGCUCGACGGCCGCCUCGCGCUCCGCGUCAUGGACUUGAACGGGCUCCUUCUGGACGAGGAGGGCGCAUUCUCUCUGAGCGGCUUCCAGGAGUUCACGUUUCUUCCCAGGCAUCAACAGCUAAGUGAUCGGGUACGCAAGCGACUUUACUAUGGCUGGGAUAAAGACAGCACGCUUGAUAACAUCUCAAGUCCAGUUGCAGAUAUUGCUGUGGAAUUACUCCAGAAAGCUGCCCCAAGUCCCAUUCGGAGGCUCCAGAAAAAAUAUGUGUCUCAUGUCUCCCGGGAGGCUUGUAUUUCCCCCUGCUCCAUGAUGUUGGCUUUGGUUUACAUUGAGAGGCUUCGACACCGCAAUCCGGAAUAUCUAAAGCAGAUCUCAUCCUCUGACCUCUUCUUGAUCUCCAUGAUGGUUGCAAGCAAGUACCUCUAUGAUGAAGGGGAAGAGGAAGAAGUAUUCAAUGAUGAAUGGGGAGCUGCUGGCAAGGUGGAUGUGCAGACCAUGAACACACUGGAGAGGAAUUUCCUCAGUGCCAUUGACUGGAGCCUCUAUACAGAUCCCAAGGAGCUUUUUGAGGUGCUCAGCUGGCUGGAGGGACGUGUGGCUGAGAGGCAGGGCAUGCGACGUGGCUGGUUCACUUACACUGACUUGUGUGUCUUAAUGGAACAAACCCUGUGGCACCAAACCCUGGGUCAGUUCUACCAGCAGGUGGCUAAGCUAGCUUGCAUUCUUGGUGUGGUGUACCUGACAGGCAUCGCUGCUGUCCUUGCUUCAGCUGCAGUAGUACAUCACACUGUGUACGUGAAGAGGGCCGGUCCCACUGAGUUUGCUAGCCCUAGGGCUACUCUAGCUCCCUGCUUGCCUUUCCCCUCUCCAGUGCAACGUCUGGCUCGCAACUUGGUUCUACCUAACAGCUCUCCAUGCCUAGGAGCAGAGAACAGAACCUUUCAAGAUGAACAGCAACAACAGCCAGGAAGCAAUGGUGUUAUGGCUGCAGCACUCUACCUGUGGAGCAGCGUCCUUAAUGCAUUCUCUUACCCACCCCCAGCUCCCUUCAGUCGUUCACUUUGUCCACGCUGCAGUCAGCCCAUCACCUGUGUGGCUGCCAACCACACAGUCUGCACCCACUCAGCUCCACAGUUGGCUUCUAUUGGACUUGCUGCCCACUGCACCAGCUGCUCCUGCCGGGGCUGGCACCUUCCUGUGUCCUCUAACUGCAAAGACUGGCCUGAACCACCAGCACUUCAACAGUGCCCCAUACAGGCUGCUUUGGAGCUGGGAAGGAUGAAGGCUUUCAUGUUCCCCAGCUAGGGCUGGGGGGAGGAGACCUAGCUUCGACUUCAGGGUGGGCUGGAGGAUGCCUCAAUGGGAAAUGCUGUGGGUAUCUGAAAGGCACAGCACACAAGGCAGGAAAGGCUGAAAGGGGCAGGGAGGGGGGUCAUUGGCUGUCUGUUCGAGUGGAAGCCAACUUCCCUACCAGGUGCAAUUUUGACCUGUCUGUCCUUCCACACCACAAGUUGGCAGCUGUGCUUAGAGGCCACAAAGCAUUUCCUGGAGAGAGUCAUCCCAUCUUAGGAGUAGGCUUUGGUAGAAUGAAGACUGAAAAAGCGAGGCCUGGGUCUGUUGUACCCUGUCAUCCAUUUCAGUUCAGCCUGUUACUUGCUCUGGAGGCUUGGCUGGACUUUUCUUCCAUGAGUAGAACUUGGGUGAGUUUACAGAUAAGGUCUGCUUGAAUCAGGGCCAAUGAGUCACCUUUUCACUUGGCUCUCUUGUGUGGCAUUUUGCCACAGGCACUUGAUAUGAUGAUCUGUGGUGACUCAGUACCACAGUGACCAAUGCCAGCAAUUCUUUACAUCAAGGCCAGUGUGCAAAUAGCAAAAAAUUAACAUCAUAUGUGAACUCAUUCCUGUCGGCCUGACCUGUUAAAACUAUCUGCUUUCCUCAGUGGAGAAGGCAACAGCUCUGUCAGAACCAUGCCAGCAAGCCUGGGGUUUUCUUCAGCCAUAGCGCUGGAAAGAAAAGGGUGACAUUUGACUGUGGCAGGGGCUGAUUCAGGGCCUGUUAACAUCAGCUUGAUUCAUGUUUGAUACCCCUGCCCUAUAGUUGUCUGCUUGACUGCUCCCUCUGGUUCUUGGGGUGUGAGGGGGUGGAGGGAUGGCAGUCACUUCUUCACCUUAUUCUUAGCAGCACUUUUUGCUUUAGUUUUUCACUGUUGAAGAUGGGAUCUCUUCUAAUAAAGGUAGCUGUUGAUGUG